AUGACUAUUUGUAAUAGUUGUUCUACCGCUAUUACAUCAAGAUCCUUAUCCAUUUCUUGCAAUGAUUGCAAACUACCAUGGCAUGCAAAAUGCCAAAAACUCACAAAAGAAGACGUUGCAUUCUACAACGAUGAAGGCUCAUACUGGAGAUGUCACAAGUGUUCGGCAGAAAAAAGAGCUUCUCUACGAAUUGAUAACAAAAUUAAUGAUGAUAAUACAAAUCUCUCCGAUAUUAAGGGCAUUAUAUUACAACUCAAAGAUAGUUUUGAAAUGUUUAAAAAAGAAACCGGGAACAACUUCGAUCUUAUAAACAAAAAAAUUAAUGUGAUUGAUAAAAUCAUAACAGAUAAUCAAAACAUGAAAACCCAAAUCAAUACUUUAGAAAGCAAAAUUGAAUUCCUUGAACGUCGUAUGAUUAAUAAUGAAAUUGUCAUUGACGGUGUUCCAGAAAAUAAAUUAGAAAAUUGUUACGAAAUAGUCAAAAACAUCGGUACUCAACUUAAUAUUAAAAUUACAGACCCUAUGAUUAAUGACUGUCACAGAGUUGGUCGUACACAAAAUAAUCUUACAAGAAGAAUAGUGGUUGGAUUCACAAGUCACCAAGAUAAAGUAAAAAUAUUAGACUCUCGUAAAAUAAUAAGGAAUCUGUCCACAAAGAAUAUUGGUAUGGAACCUGAAGUGUCAAUAUACAUAAGAGAAAAUUUAACAUCAAAAAGCAGUUUCUUAUUCAAACAAGCUCGAGACUUCCGCAAUCAAUACAACUAUAAAUUCGUCUGGACCAAAAACGGGCAGAUUUUCCUCCGCAAAAAUGAGUCAGAGAAAAUAAUCAACGUGGCCAAUGAAGAGGUAAUUCAUAAUCUAAAAUCUAACUCUACUCAUUUAAAAUAA